CCCGCACCAAACACACGCAUCCAUCCUCACUUGACGCUCCGGUGUUCGGCGCGGCAGAAACUCCGAGCACUUCCGGUCAGAUGAAACUACAACCCGCACUAAAUCUGUUAGAAUAGAUUUAUUAUAACGCUUUCCGCUCUGUCUCACGUUUACGCGGCUCUGUGUGUGUGUGUGUGAGAGAGAGAGAGAGAGAGAGAGAGAGAGAGACUGCGUGCGCGCGUGCGCGCGACUGAGAGAACAUGUCCGGGACGGGAGAACCGUACGGAGAGGAGCGCGAGCGGUCCGGGCCGGGAUUCAGAAAAGAGGAGGAGGAGGAGGAUGUGCACGGUAAAAAGCAGGAGGCGGAAAUAGAGGAGGAGGAGGUGGAGGAGGAGGAAAAGAAGAUGAAGAUGCUUAAACCGACCUGUCCCGGUGAUGAAGCGCGCAAAGGAACCGGCGUUGCCAUGGAAACUGCAUCCUCAGUCUUGGUGUCUGGUCUAUUCCUGAAAUCUUCCUCCGAACAGAGUGACCUCUACACCUCUCUCCUCUCCACUAACUCCUCCUCCUCAAACCCGUUUAUCUCCAGCAUUCCUCUCAGCUCUUCAGAGCACGAUCGCGCUCCGCUUGCGACUCUGGGGAGCGACUCUGGAAUUGGAAUGACCCCUGGUGACCCCUGCGACAUCCACAACCAAAAAAGUGAGCCCUACAACUACAUGGAUAUGAGCAAUGACCUUUGUGGCCUCAGUAACCGCAGUAAGACGGUGUCAAAAAUGCAGCCAAUAGGUAGCCGCGUGGAUCAUGAUGAUGAUGAUGUUGAUGAUGUUAAAGAUGGAUUUAUGGAUCUUAAGGCAAAGAUGGAGAAGGAAGCAUUUGGAUUGGGAGGCUACCUGGAGAAGAAUGCUGAAAACCUGCCAGUAAACGAAGACUUAAAAAACACCUUUCCUUAUGUGGAGGACCAAUCAGAUGAAGAGUUCCUGGAGAAAAAAACAUGCCCUGCCAGUCCAGUGAAGAUUACAGUGACAAAAGAUUCCUGUAUCCGAGCAACCGAACAAUUAAGAGUUGGAGUGUAUGAGAGGGAAAGCGUGCUGAGUUUGGGAAAAGAAGGUGUUCCCACUGUAACACUGUCUGAACCAGAAGAUGACAGUGCAGCUUCCUCUGUCAAUCAUUCUCCUAACCACUCCCCUACAGGAAGAGAGUCACCCUCCGAAAUCUUGUUCCAACCUGUAGGGAUGAAGUGCACGAACAACAGCACCCUCUACCAUGACACCAAGAGUCCUACAAAGCACUCAUCACGAUUUGGGAUGCAGGACAGUGGGGAAUCUGGAGACUCAGAAAUUGAGCCUGACUCCCCAAGACAUGGUAAUCAGCUCGGCACCAAAGACCGACCUGGUAAACUGUUUGAGCCAUCAGUUAUAGAGAAGAUUUGCGACAAUGAGGGAAGACCUAACAAUCCUAUCCAGGUUUCCAUGAACAUGAAGGGGGAAUUUCUGCAACAUGGCAACCCUCCACUUUACAGCCUGCUGCGUGAGGAGAGAGAGGCAGAGCUGGACACUGACCUGCUCAUCGAAUCUGCUUCUGAGGAGAGUCCUAAGAGGGAGAAGGUAGUGAAGUGCACCCUAAAACCCAGCUCCCCUCCGAGCUCACCUCCACUUGGAAGCAGUCCUGUGUCACCACCUCUGAAAGAGAAACAACAGGAAAUAAAAGAGGAAAAAAAGGAAAGGCCUAGCACAACACCAAGAGAGGGAUCCAACACUCAGACACUUCAAUGGCAAGAUGAAAUGUUCACUAAGGUUAAGCCUGAAGAGAUGGUGUCUUUUAAACAGCAACCUCUGGAGGAUGGGGGAAAUAAAAAUGUGAUUAGUACUGAAGAUGAAAGCGACGAUAAAGAAGUGGAGCUGCUGAUGUUCCUGCACAACUUCAACAAACAGAAAGUGGUGGAGCUGCUGCACUGGCGGGACGUGAAACAGACGGCCGUGUUGUUCAGCAGUGUGUUGUUGCUGCUCUUCUCUCUGACUCAGUUCAGCGUGGUGAGUGUGAUGGCGUACCUCGCCCUCGCCGCGCUCUCCACCACCAUCUGCUUCAGGGUCUACAAAUCCGUGCUGCAGGCCGUGCAGAAGACCGAUAAUGGACACCCCUUCAAGGCGUAUCUGGAGAAGGAGAUCUCUCUCUCACCUGAGCAGAUCAGUAAAUAUGUGGAGAAAGUACAGCUCUACAUAAAUUGCACCCUGAAGGAGCUGCGCAGACUUUUUCUGGUCCAGGACCUUGUGGACUCCUUAAAGUUCGCAGUGUUGAUGUGGUUCCUGACAUACGUCGGCGCUCUAUUUAAUGGCCUCACUCUGCUCAUUCUGGCUGUGGUGUGCGUGUUCACCGUGCCACUGGUGUACGAGAAAUAUCAGAAACAGAUAGAUCAGUACCUGGGACUUGUGAGGACUCAAGUGAACGCUGUAAUGACACGGUUGAGGGAGAAGGUUCCUGGAGCCAAGAGGAAGCAUGAAUAAAAUACCUUCCUCCGAAACCAUCAAACGCUACAAUGCCAGUAAAGAUCCCAAUCCUGUUAACACACCCUCGUUAACUUCCACUUCCCUUUGCAACCAGCUCGUAAGGUAGAGCAAUCAAGUAAACAUCACUGCAACCUCCAGGAGCACAAAUUACCCAAAAUGCACUGCUUCAUGAACCAUAGGUGCUGAGGAAGAAAUCUCUAGCGCUACAUUCCUCCAUGGGAUUCACACUUCUGAAGGGAAGUCAACGAGGGUGUAUUAAAAAGGAGCCAGCGUUUUGUAGGCAUGUGCCAAUAACAAAUGAUCACGGUGAUUAUCAGUCACUGUAUCAGGAUUUAAUAUCGCUAUAGUAAUUAUAUAUGAUCACAUGAUUUGCCUGAAGCUGUUCUGAUUGGACAGUGUGUUUAGCCAAUGAAGAGACCUGGUUGCACAUUUUACCCAACAUCUGUAAUGAUCAUGGUGAUUAUUGACGCAUGCCUACAGUUAUAUUAAAAACAAGCAGAAUAGCAAAAGCACAUCAUCACGUAUAUUAAUGAAAAAAAAACUAAAAAAAAAAACCCUUUUGUUGUCAAUUUUCAAUGUUCAAUACAUUGUUUUGCUGUCUAAAUGCUAAUUUAAAUGUUAAGUUAGAUUAAUGAAUAAAUACUUUCUUUUGGAUGAGGAAAUCAUGCCAUGGUAAUUGACUGCAGCAUCGCUAUUAUGUACAGCCAAAUGUUAACGUCAUGAUGAAAAUAUUGCUGUUAUAAUUGCGACUAAAAGUGAACGACAAGUGACUUUUUUCCUCUUGUUUUGCUUCAAAUUAAAAUGCAUGAACAACAGACUUUAGUAAAUAAUAUAAAAUUAUCGCUCUUUCUUUCUGUGCUUUUAUUCUGCAAUCGCAUCAACCUAACUGUAAGGAAUCUCUCUCUCACACACAGUAUGCUUGCUCAUCCACCAUACAACUGCUUACAUCGCUGUUUAACACAUACACGCACACAUUGAUAUGAAUAUAUUGUGAAUGAUUCUCCUGUGUGUGUGUGUGGAACACAGGAACUUGAAAGUGUGUAAAAUGUAAUUCUGCUUUUGUAAAGUCGGGAGUGUGUUUAGUUUUGUGUUGUUGGUUUGAGCUCAGCGUGGACUCUGUAACUGCACCCUCGUAUUUUAAUUGCUGAAUGAGAACAAAUAAAUGUUCUGUAAUGUA